CUUAACGAGGCAUCGGCACAGAACAAAAUGGCAGCUUCAAGUUCUAUUGGGGUAUGUUGUUCGUCGCGCUGAUAAUACAGACCGCAACAUGUCCGGUUUCACGGAGGCUGCAUUGGAACGAAAGCUAGCUGAGCUAAACAACUCGCAGCAGAGUAUCCAGACGUUGUCUCUAUGGCUUAUUCAUCACCGAAAACACCACAAGACCAUUGUGCACGUCUGGCUACGUGAACUCAAGAAAGCCAAACCAGCUCGGAAGCUGACGUUUAUGUAUCUUGCAAAUGAUGUCAUCCAGAACAGCAAAAAGAAAGGACCUGAAUUCACCAGGGAGUUUGCCACUGUUCUGGCUAAAGCCUUUGCUCACAUAUCAGUGAGAGAUACAGACCAGAAGACACAUGCAGGCUUGCGGAGAAUUCUUAGUGUGUGGAAAGAGAGAAGCGUUUUUGACACGCAUCAGAUUUCGGACUUUGGCCAAUAUCUCUCAGACAAGGUGACUGAAACAGAAACGGUGAAAGACUCUGGCCAAGAUACAGUGUACCGCAAGGGACACGCCCCUGUGUCACAUGAGGGCACGCCUUUAUGGAAUGAGGCUGAGCCUGUGGCAAAGCGAAAGAAGCCUUCUGAUGCUAGUGAGGAACCUGCAGAGAAGACAGACACCGCCAAGGAUACAGAAAAGCCGGGAGAACCACCAGAUCCAGGGGUUCUGAUCAAGGCAUUGGCAGACUUGGAGAACACAGCCUCCUCUGAUGCUGUUGUUCGAGAACGCAUAGCCAGUCUCCCACCAGAGGUUUCAGAUGCCUCCCUGCUAGAGAAAAUUCAGGACCGACAAGCAGCGGACCGUCUUUCUGCCCAAGUGGAGGAGGCCUGCUCUCUGCUAGCCGAGUAUAACAGCCGGUUGGCCCAGGAAUUGGAAGACCGCAAGCAAGUCUCCCAGAUGCUGGCCAGCUUCACCUUCCACCAAAGAGAGCUCAUGGCACUUGCGGAGCAGAAACUCGAGGAGCACCGUGACAAGCUGCACAAGGUGACGCAUGUCAGAAACGAGCUCAAGUCCCAUCUGCAGAACUUGCCUGACCUUACCCUGUUGCCAAGCGUCACCGGUGGUCUGGCACCCUUGCCAUCAGCUGGGGACCUCUUCAGCCACCAGUGACUCUUGUAUGCUCGGGUCUCAGGCCACAAUACACUGCUUCUGGCUGUAUGACAUGCAGUUUUCAGUGCUUAGAAGCCAUGGGUUGAGGCUGUUAUUGUGUGUUGAGGGAACGCUUACAAAGUAGUUGAAUCCUUCCCCAAUUUUUCCUGGCUUCUCUCUUCCCAGCAUCUCGCCUUGUUGCAUUGUAGGCUUGUUCUAGCUUUUGGCAGGACUCGCUCUGCGCUGUAACCUGGCUGCUAUGAUCCACUUGGAGGGCAGCAGCGUAGUCUCCUUUUCAGGCCAUUUGUGAGUUUGUGCACAUUGAGGAUGCCAGGCAUGAAAGAAUGUGUGUUCUUUUCUAAAGUCUUGAAGGCAUGCCUAAGCUGCCACCUCUUUUCUCUCAAUCUCUCACUGCUCACCCUCACCACCACAUACACAGAAUUCUGUUGCACAGUUACAACCCCAGUUGCAAUUAAUUUGCUUUUCAAAAAAAUUGUCACCGCUGUGCAAAUCUCAUCUUGUGCAGUGAAGUUUUGUUGAAAGUUAUCUUGUGAAGCUCUAAAAGCUAAUAGGAAGAUAUAGGAAUAUUCACUUCAGGUCACUAGUACAUCACUUGAAAUAAAAAAAAAAGUUUAAUAGAACAUGCAUGAGUACAAUACAUACAUGUACACAACUGUCACAUAUGUUGAUAUGCUCGUCCCAUUUUGGCCUUGUUAAACUUCUAUGUUCUGUUGAAACCUUGGUAAUUGAAAGAAAUUUUUUGCAUUGCCAUUUCCAACUGCACUAGGACUGAAUGAUUUUUCUUCUAAUUUACUUUUGUCUCUAUUAUGAGAGAUCCUGUGAACACACAGUGUGUAGAUUUUAUGAUGAGAAAGUGCAGAUGUGUUCAUGUUAUAUGCAUGUAAUGUACAAGUUCUGUGUACUAGAUGUGUUAUGCCAUAGAGGACUUUGUCGCCAGUAAAACUGGUUUUUGUCCUUGUUUCUGCUGACAAAACUGUGGGCAGUCUAAAUCAAUCAGGGUGUUUUUUGUUUCCCUAAUCAUGAGCUGCGAGGAUGCCCCCCUUCCCUCCCCCCCCCCCCCACUUUUUAUCCUUUUUUUUUUUUAAAUCAUGUUAAUUUUAAGGCAUGCAUGAACCAUACUUGCCUGUCAGUGUAUUCUGUCUGGUAUGUGUAUGAUGAGCAAGUUAGUUUUUACUGACUAGUGUGCAUUUUUGUUUUUAAGAAGUAUGCUGUAGUAUCAUAACAGCUUUGUAUUAGGCAAUGCUCCAUUAGAAGAUAUUUUUAGCAUGUGUUUGAUUGCAAAAGCAACUUGCACAACUUGGUCAGCUUCCUUUCCUGUGCAACAGAAUGAGCAAGCAUACAUGAAAAAUAAGAAUGCAUUUUGUCAGUGAUUUGUGAAUUGAAAUUUGCCAGACUAAAACCAGCACAGUGACACUUUUGCAAACUGUAUUCUUUACAAUACCUGUUGUUGGUUCUGCAGAAGCUGGUGCUGUGGAUGUUGUUAUAUGCCUUUUGUGUGUGCUAAAUUAACUGAUUCUGACAGAUGAAAGUGGUCAUAAUUAGCAUAACUGCAUUGACGUCUCGUGUGCAAGUGGCUUUUUUAAAAUGUAUUGUUAUAUAGUGGACAAAAGUAAUUCUGAUUUAGUUUUUUUUUAUAUAAUUGAUUUCGUUUUGUCCCUGAAGUUAUUUAUUGUUAUUUUCUCUUGUUAUGAAUUUUUAUUGCAACUGUGCAGCCUGUAGAGUAAGGAAGACAAUGUUUGUAGCUCUUCAUUGUUUACUCUUCUCUGUGAGCAGCAGUAUGCCCUUGCGCGCACACACACACACAAAAAAGUAUGCAUGGUUGUUGGUAUGUCACACCAUCCCCCCCCCCCCCCCCCCCCCGCUCC